AUUAAAAAUGGUCGUGCCGGUGUGACACUCGGACAGCCCAAGGAGUGGUCGAGUAUUUUUGCAUUCGAAGGAAACGUUUGCGCUGUGAUCAGCAGCGCCUCGUUUGAUCAGCUGACAGCGAGAAAGCAUGCGAGGGCGGCGAUGGCAGCUAGCUUCGUCGACGAUCUCAUUUCGGUGCGCAGCCACCGGAAGCUUAAUCUGUCCGAAUUGCUGGAUAACCUGCCGAAGCAACUCACCAAGGACGUUUUGCAGCAGCUGCACGCCGCCGUGCAAGAAUGCGACCCCGAGUUGAUCCCCCAGCAAGAGACGGCCGUCAGCAGCCUCCUGGUGGCCGUGCUGGACGAGAAUUCGCCUCCAGGUCGCCGCCACCUGGCCUUGUCGGUGCUGGAGUCCCUGUGUCCCCAGUAUGGCCUCGAGGAAAUGCUGCUUCCCUUGCCUCCACAUCAGCUCACAUUGUUUCUCCAGGCACUGCUCGCACAGGGUACCGACAGCCCACACUACAGAAGCCUUCUUGACAAGCUUUUGAGCGCUUUGGAGGAUGCUGCCGUGAGUGCGCCAGUCAAGCGUGCGAUCCUGCUUUACCUGACACGUGUGGCUGAGGCUCGGGCAGACCUGCUGUCUCGGGGUGCGUGCCUAUGUGCUAUUGACAACUGCGGUGCAGUUGCAAUUAGGAAUACAUGUGGUGGUGGUGGAUGGUAGCUAGAAGCUGGAAGGAGGGUAGUGAAGAAGCAGGGGGUUACAUCUUCUGUUAAGACCUUUAUUUUGUCAUGCUUUGUGGGAAACCUACCGUGGCUGACCUGCUGUCAAUCCACGUCAACAUUGACCUCGUCUGCCCUUCUGUACAGGGUGGCACAGAGUGUGCAGGGUAGUGCUCUUGGCUAGGGUGGACUGCAGAAACGCUUGUGUGUGGUGCUCUGGGUUCCCAUUGAAAAACCCUGGCAGUAAAAAAUAAUCUUUAAUCCUUUACUACAUCACCUCCCUAGUCCGUGUGUUGCUUUGGAAUGUUAAAGGGGCCCUGAACCACUUUUUAUCGAAGGCAAGAGAUGCAUUUGAAGCUAAAGUAGACUAUUUCAGGUAUACUUUGUCGCAAAAAGUGCUUCAAUGUGUUCAGCAGAAGCGGAAUUCGCAAUAGAACAUCCCCUACGCAGAGCUUCCGCUCCUUCUUCAAUUACUGGCACUGCGAAGGCUGUGGCGGAGCGGGGCGUGCCCACAACGCUCCGCCUGCCGAACGUCGCCGUGGCGCGCCAUUCAAAUUUGAUUUUGGAUGUUCACGUAGAUGCCACUACUUCCGAUUUUGGCGCCUAUGACGCACCAAAUGCAGUGGUCCUCAGCGAGCCGCAGUGCGCUCAGCCAGCGGACUUGUUAUGGCCCCUUGUGGCAGUCGCGAUAUUGACGCUACGUAGCAUACCACCGUUGCGUGCAACUGUAGUGCAUUUGCUUUGUGCACGACAGAGCUUGAGUGCGCGCUCGCACUCGUAUGCUCCAGUCUGGCUGUGCUAGGGGGUGCAGACUGGCUUUGUCCUGCGCCAGCUUGACUGACGGAUAGUAGUCGCAUCCAACUUUUGCAUUUUGAUGUGCUAUCAAUUACUCAAUACGAAGCGAAGUCUGCCGUAGCGUCUAACCAGGAGCUGCCAAGAGUGAGCGCGUGCUGGCAAACUUGCAUGUGGUCUGACCUUAAGUUAUGCAUGGUUCGAUACAAGUUGAGUGUUCAAAACUAGCCGAAAUUAGUGAGACCCGAUGGCUACGACACCGAUAAGCAGGGUGGCCAAAGUCUAAUUCCUACGCGGGCGGCCAUGGCCGAGUGAGAGCAGACGACAGUCGGCUUCUUGGGAAGUACGUAAUUAUUAUCGAAAUACGAAAGCAAAUUUUUGCUUACUUCACCCUGUUUAUUAAACUGCGUCAAUAAAUAUACACUGUAGCAGUAGGAAGAAACGGAGUGAUCCAAACAACUUUCUUGAUUGAUGUCAGCUAUUGGCCAAUAGCAACCGCAUGUGGAAAUCUGCUAUAUUGUGAAAAAACACGUCUAGAAAAGAGUGAGGAGCAUGAUUCUGUUAAAAAGAGAACAUUAAAAAAAAAAGUGACUUCACUUGCGAGCUCCAUGCGCCGCGCAUGAUUGCAAAAUUUGGCUGAGAUGUUCACAGCAGUGUAUGCUUUCUGCAGACUGUGUUUUUUUGCCACGAUGAAGGGAUGGUUAGGACCCCUUUAAACUUCA